AUGAAGAGGAGAGAAGCCUCAGCAGACCUGGACCUCCCUGAAAAGGACAAGGAAAUAAGGGCUAAAGUGGAGAUCAGGCAUCUGCAGACCCAUUUUCAUCAUGAAGCAUACAAGAGGAAAUUCUUCGAUGCCGAUAUCUGGCGGCAAAUGCAGGCUCAGGAAAAAGCAAUAAAUGAUCUGAAGCAAGAACGCAGACAUGUGACAUUAACGCUGAGCCAGAUCUAUUCACCGAGCAGUGUGUUGCUGGAAAACAGAAAUCGUAGGAAGAUCCAAAGCCUUUUGCAGACCAGAAUGCAGAAUGAUGCCCUGAUCAAAGAAAGAAAAGCCCAGUUAGCUGACCUGGCCAAGCAGGUUGUAGAGCUGGAAAAAAAGAUAGUGAAGCAAAGAGACACAGCCUGGAGAGUGUUGGAAGCAAAGAGCCGCAAACACCUGCAGAAGAAGAUCGAGUUACUGGAGAUGCGUUUGAGUCAUGCCACUGUCCGUUACAACAGCAUCAUGACCAGGAACAACAGUCUCCGGGAGGAGACUGCCAGCCUGCAGAUCCAGAAAGCCAUUUAUGACAACUGCUACUGGAAGCUGGAAAAAAGUCUGGCUCAGCAGAACAAAUUGCUGGAUGCUGCUAUUGAGCAAGCCACAGAAGAUUACGAGCAGUGGAUGGAGGAUCUGGGGCGGAUCUCGGACAUUCGGGACGUGCGCUACAGAGAAACCAUCCAGUACAACAUCAGGCUGCUGGAGAGGAAGUGUGCCCUGCACCAGGAGACCAGGCUGAAGAACUUCUUCCUCAGCAAAUGUGCAGACCUCUCUGUGUUGAAGGAACAGGCCAAAGAGAGAGAAGCCUUAGAGGCAGCUGAGAGGGCCAAAAGGAGCCAAAAGGAGAGCUACGAGGUGGCCUACAAGCGUCUGCUGGAGCUGUCGGACGGAGACAUUGAUGAUUUCUUGGAGGACUUCCUUGAAAAGGACAGGAGAUUCUUCAUCCUCUUCAGCUAUGCCAUUAGGCUGAACGUCAGGAACGAGGGUCUCAGGCAGAGGAUCGAGGCCAUCCAGGAUGACAUGAAGGCCAUCAGAACGGAGCGGGAGCAGGCGGAGACGACCUGCACCCACGUCGUGCAGGAGCUGGAGGCGAAAAUAGCAGAGACCACCGAGGAAGCCAACAAGUAUGAGAAUAAAUGCAAGGAGAGCAGCGUACUCCUGGGACAGAUCCAAUCUCGCAUGGAGACCCUCUUGAAGAACAUGGACUGUGACACUACAAAGAUUGUGAAACCUCUUGGGGAGAGCUUGGUGCCAGUUUUUGGUAGGUCAGGGCUGCCCAUCUUCCCAUGCCAUGUGCCCUGGGGGAGGGAAACCAGUGGAUCCCCUGCUCUGCAGACAGCCAGGGGUGGGUUUGGGCAGGGUCCUGCUGCAGGGACACUGCUGGACACUGUGGCUCCUUCCCACCCAGGUCCCGUGGAGGACAAGAUCAAGGAGUUCCUGCUGAGGGAGUCCUUGCUGCGCUACACGUCCAUCGAUCGCACCCAGCGCACCCAGGCCUUCACCAGCCCUCUCCAGGGAACCUCCAAGCUCCUGGGGACCAUGGACAGGUCCAAGCUCUGCCCACCCCCCCCAGACCUGGAGGAGACGGCUGAGCCCAAAACCGGUGAGCAGGGAGUGGGGAGAGAGGAGCCACGGCCGGGCAGCAACCGCUCCCCAAUCCCCCGUGGCUGCCUGGCCAAGCCCUGCUGCCACAUGUCCUUCCCAGUCCAUCCCCUCCAGCCUGUCCUGCCCCACCGGGGUGUAUGACACCUGUAAAACUGUGUAUUAUGGGAUGGACGUUCUCUUGGGCAGCGGAAGAGCCGAUGGGCCGGGAUCAGCUGCGUGAGCUCGUUAUCCGGAGGCACGAGGAGGAGCUGAGCAGGCCCCCCAGCUCGGGCAAGAGGAGGAGGAGAUUCACAUCAUCGGGGGCCAGGAGCCCCUCAGGGUCCAGGAGCCCAUCAGGGACCAGGAGCCCAUCAGAGACCAGGAGCCCAUCAGGGAAUUAAAGAAGCUGUUUCAUUCUUGAGCUUCUGCAUUCCGCACAUCAUUCCAUCUUGCUUCUCUGGAAGGAGCCCAACACCUUUCACAGGCUUCAGAACCUCACCAGGUGAUAUUUUGGCAUGGCUUCACCCACUGCUGACAGCACCCACAGCCAAGGUGGGAUCAGCUGCUCUAGCAGAGGGUGACAUCCCUGUCACACGACCCAAGGCACUCCUCAUAGCCAGAGGUGCCAAUCCUGCACUGUGCCCCAGGGCAGGGCCUGGCAGGAGGGAUGCAGGGGAUGAGUGUGCUCAUGGGGGGUUCCCUGCUCAGCUGGCAGAAGCUGAUAACUCUCUGCUGCCUAAAGGAAAAUUGAGCUCGGUGCUGACCCUGGGCUGUGGGACCAGGUGGGAUGGGCACAGCCCAGUGUGGAACUGGUUUGGGGCUGGGAGUGGAAGUGGGAGACAGAGGGACUGGAGGACACACGAGGGUGACGUGCAGUAGGUCUGGGGUGCUGAGGCCAGCAGGGUCUGGAAGGAUCUGAGGGCUCCCACGGGGCACGGGCACACCGCACAAGCCCAAGCACGGCUCACACCAGCAGCUGGGUUUCCUCUUGCCAAAAGGCCUUUUAAUGUGAAUGCCAUUCCCGUGCCAAAUUCCCAGGCACAUGCCUCUCCAGGGGAA